AUGGCGCGAGAAGACCCAUCCCGGUGGCACGACUCCCUUCCCCUCGUCCUUCUCGGGAUCCGGUCCGCUUGGAAAGAAGAUCUCGGGUGCGCGGCUGCUGAGCUCGUUUACGGUACGACUCUUCGCCUUCCGGCCCAGUUUUUCGACAGCCCCUCGCAGGUUCCCGUCGACCCUUCGGUGUACUUGUCCCGCCUCCGUGAGCAGUUCUCAAGGAUGCGUCCGACUCCAACACGUGCUCAGCAACCCGGAACAACUUUCGUGUCCCCGCACCUCCGCUCCGCUUCGAAAGUUUUCGUUCGCACGGAUGCGGUCCGCAAGUCUCUCCAACCUCCAUAUUCGGGCCCUUACACCGUCCUGAAGCACGGGCCCAAGCACUUCACCAUCGACUUCAACGGGAGACCAGACACCGUAUCGAUCGAGCGGCUCAAACCUGCUUUUACCGAAGCCGACGUCUCGGCCUCCAGUUUCACAUUUGAAGACUACGAGUGA